UUUCCACAUCAAACAACGAAUCACAAGCAAACCUCACUCAUUCCUCAAAUUUUACAGUCGAAAUUGUUCAAAAACUUUUCCGAGACAAUGGAGUCGAAGCAAGCAGCGCGCGAAGAGAGAGCUGAGGUGGCAGCCAGAACCGCUGCCGACGAACUCAGCCAAGUCAACAAGGAGAGGAGGGAGCUGGAGAGUGAAACCGUGGUGGUGGAUCGCCCGGAUUAUUUUCAAAAAACGGAAGUCCGGCAAGAAGAAAAGUCUCCUGGCGUAAUCGGCAGCAUUAUCAGGACGGUGCAGGGGACCGUCGGCCACGCUAAAGAUGCCGUCAUGGGGAAGUCCUCCGAAGCGCGGGACACUGCGGAGGAGACGGCCGACACUGCUGCCCGCAACGCCGCAGAUGCUAAGGAUGCGGCGGCGGGGAAGCUGGGAGAGUAUAAAGGCUACGCGUCGGAGAAGGCCAAGGGCGCCAAAGAUACGGCGGUGGAGUACAAGGACUCUGCGGCGGAGAAGGCUAAAAACGCCAAGGAUGCGACGGUUGACAAGGCGAACCAGGCCAAGAAUGUGACGGCGGACAAGGCUAAGGAAGUCAAGGACGCGACGGUCGACAAGGCCACUCAGGCCAAGAAUGCUACGGCAGAAACGGCUAAGAACGCCAAGGAUGUGACGGUGGGCAAGGCGGCGGAGUACAGGGAUUACGCCGCUGAGAAAGCGAACCAGGCCAAGAAUGCAACGGCGGAAACGGCGAAGAACGCUAUGGACGCGACGGUGAACAAGGCGGCGGAGUACAGGGAUUAUGCGGCUGACAAGGCCAGUCAGGCGAAGAAUGCGACUGUGGAGACGGCUAAGAACGCCAAGGAUGUGACGGUAGACAAGGGGAAUCAGGCGAAGAAUGCGACGGUGGAAACGGCUAAGAAUGCGAAGGAUGCGACGGUGGAGAAGGCGGCUGAGUACAGAGACUACGCUGCCGAGAAGGCAGGCCAAGCGAAGGAUGCGACGAUGGAGACGGCGAAGAAUGCAAAGGAUACGACGGUAGAGACGGCUAAGAACGCAAAGGAUACAACGGUGGAGAAGGCGGUGGAGUACAAGGAUUACGGCGCUGAGAAGGCUAAAGAAGGGAAGGAUACUACGGUGGGGAAGAUCACCGAAUUGAAGGACUCGGCUGCUGGCGCCGCGAGAAGGGCGGUUGAUUACCUGACGGGGAAGAAAGACGAGACUACGCAGGCAGCGGUGGAAACCGGCGAAGCUGCGAAGCACAAGGCUGGAGAGGCCAAGGAGGCAGCCAAGGGGAAAUAUGAGGAGACUAAGGAAGAAGCAACGAGGAAAAUGGAGGAUAUGAAAAUUGAAAGCGAGCGUGACGUGAACAGGAGCGGUGGAGGUGGAGGAGUUCUUGGAGCUUUAGGAAGCAUGAAGGACGCCAUCAAGGAUAAGCUGACACCGCAUCCAGCUGAUAAGGAGACGGUGGGAGGCGAUGGGACGCGGCUUGGUUUAGAUGAGAAGGGGACGCCGGUGGCAGUACGAGUGGAUGUGGAGACCACAACAGCCGGCUCCACGGCCUCCCGCCUCAGGGAGGCUGACCAGAUAGCCGGCCAGACGUUCAACGACGUCGGGCCAUUGGAUGACGAGGGCACCACGGCGCGUAUACGCGUUGAUCGCCCUGGGAAAAUGUAAUUCCAUGAAGCCUGGGCUCUGCCGUUUUUUGUUUUUUUUUUGGCUGAAUCUCAGUUAUCUACGUUUUUAAAAUUUGUCUUGCUAUAUGCGUAACGUAUGUAUUUUGAAUGUAUUACAAUGAUGACAUUAUAAAGUACUGAUCCUGAUCUUCUGUGCCA